AUGAACAUCAACAAGACCUGCGGGCGUUCGCACUGCACCGGCCCCCCUGUCAACCCAGUGUGGGCAGCGAACGAAGAGCCGUUGUUUCUGGGACGAAACAUCUUCUCUCUGGGGCAAAUUGUGCCGGAGUCUCGCGAGAAUUUCGCACACGGUAAUCCAGAAGAGGAGCGAUUCAUCUGGUUCUACUGCGAGGUACACAACGUGUGCAAGCAAGCCGUCUUGGCUGCAUGUGUGGGUAGAUCGCACAUGGCUGUCCGUAUCAUCAUCAACAAACUCCGCAAUAGACGUACACUUCUCUCCGCGCAAGGAGUUCCUCCUCAAGAUCCUGCUUGGGAUUUCACCAAGCCUGCGCGUUCUGCUACGGGCUCACCAACUCUGCCGGCUGUCAACCCUCCUCCGGGUCCUCCGGUGGUCACUUCGGCACCAUUGGCCCCGACUACGGCCCAAGCAACACUCGCGGGGCCCACCAUCGCACCACCUACAACGACCGUCGGCGCCAGUACAUCGAAUUUUGAUGCUUUGCAGGCUUUAUUAGCCAACUAUGCCCGACUAGCGGGUUCCAAUACAACCCCACCGGCCGUGAACACCGCACCAUCUGCACCGGCUACCACAACAUUCCUUCCAGCAUUGGCUAAUGUUGCGCUACCUGCAACUUUCCCAGGCGGUGCUUAUCCUCGCGUUAACCCUGUUUCGGGUUGGACGGCCAUCAACGCCGCACCACCGGCCGUGAACACUACACCAUAUGCGCCGGCUGCCACUGCAUUCCUUCCAGCAGGUCCCAACUCUGGUUUCCCAGCAUUGGCUAAUGUUGCGCUACCUGCAACUUUCUCAGGCGCUGGUUAUCCUCGCGUUAACCCUGUUUCGGGUUGGACGGCCAUCAACGCCGCACCAGCGGCCGCGAACACUACACCAUCUGCACCGGCUGCCACUACACUGCCUGCAUCUUCCGCCGCUGCACACACAUCACCAACUCUCACCAUCACAUCAUCUCCAAUCUCCGGUGGCUCAUGGGGUUCCCUCACACAUAGACGCCCCACCGCCUCCUCCUCAAGCUCGCCAACUCCGGAGUAUCAUCUAGGCCCCUCUCAGGAAACUUCCCUGGAUCGCCUUCCGGCCACAUCUAAGACGCAUAUUGCGCCGGCUACGAUGGGCGACCCUGAUCAUGAGAUGGCUGAUGAAGAAAGGCAGAUCAUCAGCCUUUCGCACAUCAGUGCGGUGGAGUUCAGAAAAAGACCACUCGAAGAAAUCUUCAAGCAGUACGCUGCGGACACUACCAUGGAAGAUGUGAGUAACAUGAGGGAGGAAAUGGAUAUGAGGGAUGCUUUGUUGGMUGCUGUCGAGGGUGAUUAG